UCUCCCUCCCAAAAUUAUCUCGCCGUCGGUGUCUCACUCCGGCAAUAUUCACCGUCGAUUGCUCGUCUCCGACAAGAAUAUCGGUUAUUCUUGGUCUUCCUCGUUGUCUUUUCCUGCUUCUCCGUAAGUUUAUCUUGAGAUGAAGAUGUCAGAAUGCAGAGAAGUCAAAGCGAAGAGAGUGUUCAUAGGAGCAGGAUGCAAUAGAGUCGUUAAUAACGUGUCUUGGGGAGCUUCUGGUCUCAUCUCUUUCGGUGCGCAGAACGCCGUGGCUAUCUUCGACCCCAAGAUUUCCCAGAUUCUUACUACGCUUCCAGGUCACAGAGCUACCGUGAAUUGCACUCAUUGGUUGCCCAGUUCCAAGUUUGCUUUCAAAGCCAAGAAUAUGAAGCGGCAAUAUCUUCUAUCUGGUGAUUCAGAUGGCGUCAUCAUCCUUUGGGAACUAUCCGUUCUCAGUAACAAGUGGAGGCAUAUAUUACAAUUACCACAUUCUCAUAAGAAAGGUGUUACGUGUAUCACUGCGUUCAUGGUUUCUGAAGCCGAUGCUAUGUUUGCUUCUGCUUUUUCUGAUGGAGUUGUGAAUGUCUGGGGUGUUUCUUUUCCAUCGCAGCCUAAUGAAGACUGUAAGGUAUCAUGUCUGGAUUCCAUCUCUGUUGGCUCUAAAGCAAUGGUGGCGCUCUCAUUAGCAGAACUGCCUCAAAAUCCUGGGCGAUUUGUCCUCGUGAUGGGUGGAUUGGACAACAAAAUCAAACUUUACCAUGGAGAAAGAAUGGGGAAGUUUGCAUAUGGUUGUGAGCUCAAAGGCCAUACAGAUUGGAUUCGGAGUUUGGACAUCUCAUUACCGUUACUCACAACAGAUGACACUGCCAAUAGUAUUGUGCUGGUGAGUUCUUCUCAGGACAAAGUCAUACGAAUAUGGAAAAUCAUGCUAGGAGGUGACCAUGGCUUGCGGAGAAGAGAAAUCACUCUGGCUUCUUACAUCGAUGGCCCAGUUUUCAUCUCGGGGAAGCUAACAUAUCAGAUUUCCAUUGAAUCUAUUCUGAUUGGACAUGAAGAUUGGGUCUAUUCAGUUCAAUGGCAACCUCCAGUCUAUAAUUCUUCUGAAGAGCAUGCAUGGAGCCAACCGUUGAGUAUCUUAUCGGCUUCAAUGGAUAAAACUAUGAUGAUCUGGAGACCCGAGAAGAAAACAGGUGUGUGGAUGAACACGGUGUGUGUAGGAGAGCUAAGCCACUGUGCUCUGGGAUUUUAUGGAGGCCACUGGAGUCCAGACGGUUUCUCCAUUCUUGCACAUGGAUAUGGUGGAUCUUUUCACAUGUGGAGAAAUGUCAGCAGUGAAGAAUCUGAGAACUGGAAACCGCAGAAAGUCCCGUCUGGGCACUUUGCAGCCGUGACAGAUGUUUCAUGGGCAAGAACGGGCGAGUACUUGUUAUCUGUGAGCCACGAUCAGACUACCCGUGUGUUUUCUCCAUGGAAGAAGAGUGAGGUCCAUGAUACCGAGGAUGAGCGGUGGCAUGAAAUGGCUCGUCCCCAGGUUCAUGGGCAUGAUAUCAACUGUGUAGCCUUUGUGCGAGGAAAAGGCAACCACCGGUUUGUCAGUGGAGCUGAAGAGAAAGUUUUGAGAGUUUUUGAAGCUCCUUUAUCGUUCCUGAAGACGCUGAACCAUACCAUUGCUGGAGAACUAAGCUCUCUGAUUGAUCUACAGGCAGAUAUGCAGGUUCUGGGAGCAAACAUGUCUGCUCUCGGGCUUUCACAGAAACCUAUAUACGCUCAUGCUUCUAGCGAGCCGGUGGACAGAAGCAGAGUUGAAGGUAUUGAUACGCUUGAAACUGUUCCAGAGGCUGCUCCUUCGGAGUUGACAGAGCCUCCCAUUGAAGAGCAGCUUGGGUUUCAUACUCUGUGGCCGGAGUCUCAUAAACUGUACGGUCAUGGAAAUGAGCUCUUCUCCCUCUGUUCUGACCACAAGGGAACCCUUGUUGCUUCGUCCUGCAAGGCUCAAUCAACAUCCAUGGCGGAGAUAUGGCUAUGGGAAGCCGGGACGUGGAAAACGGUGGGGCGUUUGGGAUCUCACAGCUUGACAGUGACUCACAUUGAGUUCUCUUACGAUGACACUCUGCUUUGUUCUGUCUCUAGAGACCGUCAUUUUUCUGUGUUCUCACUCCGCAAGACAGAUGGAGGCGAAAUCAUUCACGAGCUCGUGGCAAAGGUAGAAGCACACAAGAGAAUCAUAUGGGCAUGCUCCUGGAACCCGUGUGGCCACCAAUUCGCCACUUCGUCAAGGGAUAAAACCGUGAAGAUAUGGUCUGUUGAGGACGAUGAUUCUCAGGUCAAACAGGUUCUGUCCUUACCUCUGUUUGGGAGCAGUGUCACCGCCUUGGCUUGGACGGUUGUAGAUCUUGAGAAGAAUGUUGGGUGUUUGGCGAUUGGGAUGGAGACCGGAUUGAUAGAGCUGUGGAGCAUUGAGAUCCAGAAAACAGAGGAAAGAGGCAUGGCAGCAACAGCGAGUUUGGUUCUGCGGUUGGAACCACUAAUGUGUCAUGUCUCUGCGGUGAACCGUUUGGUCUGGAGACCAAUCAAGAAGGCUGAGACUCGCCUGAGGAUUCAGCGUUUAGCAUCUUGCGGGGCCGAUAACUGCGUUAGAGUUUUUGAUGUCAAGUUUGACUGAAAUCGCUAAACGCUCGUUCAGGUUGCGGUUUCAUGUGUCGUGUCGUGUCUCUGUGGUGAACCUUUUGGUCUGGAGACCAACCGAGAAGCCCGAGACUUGCUUGAUCUUUCAGCGUUUGGCGUCUUGCAGGACCGAUAACUGCGUUAGAGCUAUCGCCGUGAAAUUUGACUGGAAAAGCUGAACGUUCCCUUUAACAUCUCGUGUAUUAUUGUGCAAUUUUUAUGAGCUGUAAUGAACGAAUUUUGUUAUUAUUUUAUGGGAGAAUAGCCAAAAUAAUCAUAUAUUUUUAUUUUGUUUUAA